AUGACGCAUGCCCGGAAGAAACAACUUUUCCUUCUGAAACAUCCAGCUGGUUCUGCUGGCCAAGCUUCGUCACCCACAGGCAGCAGGAGGAUGGACAGGACCGACGCAGAGUGUGGCGAGCAGAGAGACGGAGAUGCCACCACCGAGGCUCUGAACUGUCCGGGUGGGUUUGUGGGGACAAACAAAAGCAAGAGUUUGCAUGAAGUGCGGAAGACGUACCCGCUGCGGAGACGUCUGCUCCCCUCCGUGAACAAAAAGACCUGCAAGGUGCUCCUCACCAGGCUGGAGGAUGUGGCUGGAUCUCUGUCGAAACAGACCCAGAGCUGUAAAAAAAAGGACCUUCCCAGUUGGAUGGAGGGUUUGGGACCUGCUUUGUUCUCUGAACAAGUUCAGCCUGUGGGCGACUCAUCUGGGGAAAAGUGCACAAUAACUUAUCCAGGGGCAGAGCAAGACCUUGAUACUGCUCCUUCUGAGCCCAGGAAGCGCAGGCUGGCCUCGCUGAACGCAGAGGCCGUGAACAAUCUGCUGUUUGAACGGGACGAUGGCUUAUUAUCCAGCAGGCGUUUCCGGAGGGACUCCGUUAAAGCUGGUGGGGACUGCACCGUAAAGAGCUUGCAUUGCAAAGCUGGUGACAACUGGCCUGCACUGGAAAAAACAGCUGUGAAAGCAGGUAAAGGAAAGAACCGGCACGAGCCCAGUCAGAAAUGCAAUAGCUGUGACCACUCACUGGAUGAGGUCUUUGAUGAUGGGACAAAGAGGGAGGAUGGUGCCAUCUCCUAUCAUCCCACCCCAAAGAGACUGGCCAGCCUGAAUGCUGUGGCCUUUCUGAAGCUGACCCAUGAGAAAGACCAACCCCUGAAGCAGAGGAGUAAAUCGGACGGAGAGGGCAAGUCCGAGAACCACUGUUCGAAAUCCACGCUCAAAUGGGCCAAAGCCGGUAGGAAGAAUUGCGUCAAAUCCAAGAAGGAAGUGGCUAGCUUGAAAAUGGAGGGUCAGCACGGCUGGCGAGGACUUGCUGUAGGUGCUUUUGGGAAAGGGGAGCAGCGGGACUCCUCCAGGCUCUAUGGGACGGCAGAACCCGUCCUGUACGAGUCGCUGUCUAGCUCCUACGCUAGCACAGAGGGUUUCUACCACAGACUGCCUUUGCUUAUGGGUGGACAAGCUUCCAUGAAGCCAGAGUACGGAAGACCUGGAGAGAAAUCUCCAACCCCCAAACAGGAAUUUCAUCAGCCUUCCUUUCCUGUGCAGCAGUUCCCUCCCUUGCCCGUGCCCGGAAAUCACACGGAUUGUGGAUGUCUCUAUGAAUCCUCAGAUCUGACUCCGUUAAACGGGACAGACUGCCUUUGCCAAAGUGGAUACAGUGGCUACUCUCACUGCUCCGUUUACCCCAAGGACGAGCUUUCGCAAUCUGCUACCUGUGAGGGGCUCUUGGUAUCGCCCGGUUCCUUGCCAUCGGGUGCUCAUUUCCAGCCACUCCACUGGUGUAACUCCCCGUACUGUUGCGGAGAAGGAACAACAAUUAACAGCUACAGCGUCUGCGGGGUCGUGCACGUGCCGGAGGGCAGGAUCAGCAGCGUGCACGCGGGACGGAACAGCUACCCCUACAAAAUGCCUUUUGCAGCAGAAGGCUGCAAGUCUCUGGACCAGCUGAACCUCACAAUCCCUGUGGCAGGACACCCCGCAUCGCCUGCCCACCCGCUCUCAGGAUGUCCUGUACCCAGCGUGCCACCGGCUGCAGAACCUGUUCCUCAUCUGCAGACCCCCAACUCUGAUCCUCAGACCAUGGCCCGAGAAUGUCCACAGAGCUCAAAACCUCCCAGCGGCUCCAAAUCUGGUCUCCGGAAUACGACGGGCUGUCUCCACGCCUCCGACAGCAAAGCGGCGGGAGCUCAUUCCCACCCGAAGCAGCAGCGCAUUAGCCGGCGGAGAGCGACCAACGGCUGGAUUCCCGUGGGCACGGCCUGCGAGAAGGCUGUCUACGUGGUGAAUGAACCAGAGCCGGCCGUUCGCAAGAGCUAUCAGGCUGUGGAGAGAGACGGGGAGAUUAUCCGGGUACGAGAUACUGUCCUCUUGAAAUCAGGACCCCGGAAGAAAUCGAUGCCGUACGUCGCGAAGAUAUCGGCGCUGUGGGAAGACCCCAAAACAGGGGAGCUGAUGAUGAGCCUCCUGUGGUAUUACAGACCGGAGCACACGCAGGGAGGCCGCAACCCCAGUAUGCACCAGAAUGAGAUCUUUGCAUCCCGGCAUCAGGAUGAAAACAGUGUUGCCUGCAUAGAGGAGAAGUGCUACGUGCUGACCUUUGCAGAGUACUGCAGAUUUUGUGCCUUGGCAAAGCGUCGAGUCGAAGGGAUCCCAGGCAGGAAAACCAUGAUGGUUCCUCCCUCGGAGGAGUACUCCACACCUCUGCACCGCAAGGUGCCCGAGGACACUGACCCCGAGCUGGUUUUCCUCUGUCGUCACGUCUACGACUUCAGACACGGGCGCAUCCUGAAGAACCCGCAGUAGCACCGUUCCUGGGGAGGGCGGACGGCAGCGGAGAGCCCGGGGCAGGCUGACCUGGCGCUCGGGGACAUCUCUGCGCUCCCGACGACCUCACCGUGUGCUGCUCGCAGACGAGAGCGCCCAGAGCUCUUUCCUCAGACUGAAAAGCGUGUGCAGGAGCAGAUCCCUGUGGAGGAAGGCAGCAGUUGAAAGCACAGCACUUCAUUAAAAGCAUAAAUGAAAAUAUAUACUUAUAAAAUAAAUAUAUGUAUAUAGAUA